AAUCUUUACUUCCUGAUGCAUCAGCUGACAGCUCCAGCACCUCAAGCGCACGUUCUCUCGAUCUCUGUGGUUAUUCUUCGUGACAUGGCAGAAGGCAGUAUUUCUUGGGCUCAGGAGCAGUUCAGCUGUUCAAUCUGUCUGGAUCUGCUGAAGAAUCCCGUGACCAUUCCCUGUGGACACAGUUACUGUAUGAGAUGCAUUACGUGCUACUGGGAUCAAGAUGAACAGAGAGGAGCGUACAGAUGCCCGCAGUGCAGAAAGACCUUCAAACAAAGACCCGCUUUAUCUAAGAAUGUGGUGUUCGAUGAAAUGGUGCAGAAGUUGAAGAAGAUCAUGAGGCAAGCUGACGUUUCUGCCCGCUGCGCAGACGGAGAUGUGGAGUGUGACUUCUGCGCUGGAAUGAAACAAAGAGCCGUUAGGUCUUGUCUGGCGUGUGUGAGUUCCUACUGUGAAAAUCACCUUGAACAACAUGAGAAUCUCUUCAAAGGAAAGGGGCACAAUAUGAUUGAUGCCACUGGUAUCCAUCUGGACAUACUCAAAAACUGUGAGACCGCAAGAACAACCAAGAUGCAGGGUCAUUUGGCAGAGCUGCAAAAGAAGUGCAAGCAGAUGAUCCAACAGAGCGAGCAGGAGCUUCAGAAGCUUAAAGAUGCUCAGGAGUGUCACGAGCGCUCUGCACAGACGGCACUGGAGAAGAACGAGAGGAUCUUUACUGAGCUGAUGUCAUUCAUCGAGAGACGCCGCUCUCAAGUGACACAGCUGAUCAGAGAUCAGCAGACGGCUGCAGUGAGUCGAGCUGAAGAACUCUCAGAGCGACUGAACCAGGAGAUUGAAGAUCUGAGGAGGAGAGACGCUGACCUCCAGCAACUUUCACAAACUAAUGAUCACAUUCAGCUCCUCCAGAGUUGCAGAUCUAUUUCUGUCUCCGGAUCUUCACAAUCACCCAGAAUCACUGUCAGUUCUCUUCUGUCUUUUGAUGACGUUGUGAAAUCUCUUGAUAAACUCAGAGACAAACUGCAGAAUUUCUGCAGCGAGGAAAUUCAAGUGAUAUCUGGAACAGUGAAAGAUAUUCAGAUAGUUGGUCCGGUAAAGGAAAGCCAGGAGGACUGUUGCAAAUAUUUCCGUCGCUUCACUCUGGAUCUGAACACUGUGAAUAAAAACCUGCGUCUGUCCGAAGGGAACAGGGCGGUUACGGACACGGGCUCCACCCAUCAAUACCCUGAACAUCCGGACAGAUUUCACGGUUGGAAGCAGGUGUUGUGUAAAGAGAGUGUGAGAGACCACUCUUACUGUGAGAUUGAGCUGACGGGCAGUUAUGGAGUGUCUGUUUCAUUGGCGUAUAAGAGCAUUAGUCGAAAGGGAAUGGGUGAUGAGUGUAGAUUUGGAUAUAAUGAUCAGUCCUGGAGAUUGUUCUGCUCGCCCUCCAGAUUCUCAUUCUGUCAUAAUAAAAAAGAGACUAAUCUCCCUGUAGUGUCUAACUGCUCUAGAAUAGGAGUGUAUGUGGAUCACAAAGCAGGAGUUUUGGCUUUCUACGGCGUCUCUGACACGAUGACCCUCAUCCACAGAAUCCAGACCACAUUCACUAAACCUCUCCAUCUAGGACUUGCGUUAGGCAUGAACUCAAAAGUCAAACUGUGUCCUUUAACGAAACAUACAGAGAUACUGUGAAUCAUUUUUGACACUAUGAAUCAAGUCUUUCAUGGUUACAAAUACGUAACAGUGUUCAGUGUUAUACAGAUAGUCAUCAUCGUCGUGUGGAAAUGAAUGCUGAAAGAUGUUAAUGUAUGUAAAUGAUACAUUUAUGUUUUUAUGUUCCUUCAUUUUUUUGUGUAAAUAAAUGCACGUAAAUGUAA